CAGUGCUUGCUCUGAGUCAUGGUGCAAGGCAGACCUUGGUGCUGGGAAGUGAGCUCAGGAGCACUGUGAGGCCUGUCCUGUGGGGCUCGAGGGGAACUAGACAUUGGUGACAGCAUGGAAUGGUUUGGUGUCUGGGGAGAAGGUAGGGGCAGUGGGACAGAGGAGGUUCCCCAUCCUUGGCAAUGUGGGGAAUGCAUGGGCUCUGCUGCUCUUUGCUCUGCAGUCUGUCCAGUUAAUAAAUGAGCCCUGAGCAGUAAGAGUUUGGCAGGGUCAUUGUUGUGGUCCCUGGCACAGCCACCUCUGCCCUGUGACAAAAGCACAAGCAUCCCCUGCAUCUCUUCCCUCGGCAGCUUUCCCAGCUGAGCAGGCAGCUCUUGUUCCUGGCAUCCUUGUCCAGCAGCAUAGAUUUGGUGCCCUCCUACUAGGAGCAUGGGGGACCCUGCUGGUGCAGGCACAGUGCCCACAGAGGGACAUAGCAGGACUUGGGGGCUCCUGUGCAGCUUUUACUGGGCUUGUCAGGGGGUGAUGAUGAGGAAGGGCCGGAGUGGGAGGGCAAGGGAGGAGCAAGCAUGGGCAGGGCAUGCUGGAGCUCGAGCUUGCUGCUCUUGGGGAUGCUCCAAGCACAUGGAAGAAGGGGUGUCUGUGUGGUAGCUCAGUCUGUGCCACAGGAGGCAGAGAUGGGACCUGGUAAGGUGUCAGUUUGUAAGGUUACAAGUAUCUGGUGUCCUGGCCAGGCUGUCACCUGGCUCUGGUGGUGACAACCAAGGGUGACACUUGCAUUCCUGGCUGCAAGGGCAGGUUACUCACCAACUCAAGUUAAUGGCUAACCUUGGGGCAGCUCCUUCAGAAGGUGGAAGUUCAGCUGUGUGUGGGCUGUGAGGAGCCCCUAGGGGGGUGGGCAGGCUCCCACCACAAACCAGGAGCCAUGCAGGGAGGCAGCACCAUAAAUGGGAGCUAUGGUGGAGCACCUGGUGCCAGGAGUCCUGUGCUUGCAUCCUGCUUCCCGCAAAAGAUGUGCUCCUGGGUGCUGAACUGCUGCUUAGCCCUCCAGCACCUGGUUGUGCAGGCCUCCUUGCUCUGCAUCUUCCACCUCCUCCUGCUGCCCACCCUGCCUGAAGACCAGCCCCAUGCCCAGGCCACCAGUGAGCUGCUGGCAAGCAGCCUCUUUGCUUGUGGUAUCUCCACGGUGCUGCAGACCACCCUGGGGAGCCGGCUGCCACUGGUUCAAAUACCAUCCUUUGAGUACCUCGUCCCUGCCAUGGUGCUGAGCUCCCACCUGUCCCUCGGUGUCACCAUGGAAAGAAACGGUACAGCUGUGUCCAGCAUUUGCCCUGCACCACAUUGCACCAACAAAGGGAGUGGGGUUGCCUCACUGCGAGAGGUCUCUGGAGCUGUGCUGGUCUCUGGGCUGGUUCAGAUGGCACUAGGAGUGUCUGGUGUGUGUGGGUGGGCAGUCCAGCACUGUGGGCCCAUGGUCCUGGCCCCCAGCCUCUCCAUCAUUGGGUUGUCUGCAUACAAGGAGGCUGCUUUCUUCUGCUCUGCUAACUGGGGGGUAGCACUGCUGUUCAUGCUCCUUGCUGUCACCUUCUCCCAGCACCUGGGGUCCUGUCACUUGCCCUUCUGUGCCUGGACCCAGGUUCGGGGGGGCUCUACAGAGACAUCCAUUCCCACUUUGCGCACAUUCUCGGUACUGCUUUCGUUCGCUGGCGUUUGCAUCCUCUGUGCCAUCCUCAGCCACUUCCGUGUGCCCUGGGAAUCAGUGGACCUGGCUACAGCACAACUGUCCUGGGCCAAUAGCACCUUCCAUGCCCCUUGGCUUCGCAUCCCCUACACAGGUAAGGGGGGGUGGCCACUGCUCACCCCCCGUGCACUGGCAGUGGGCAUCACCAUGGCCAUCGGUUGCAGCAUGAACUCAGUGAGCUGCUACGUGCUGUGUGGGAGGCUGCUGCGAGCCCCUCGUCUUCCCCCUCACGCUUGCAACCGGGGGCUCUGCACAGAAGGGCUGGGCAGCCUGCUGGCAGGGCUGCUGGGCACCCCGGGGGGUACGGCUGCCAGCAUUGCCAAUGCCUGUGUCACUGGCCUCACACAGGCUGGUUCUCGCUUCCCGGUGCAAAUAAGCGCGCUGGCGUGUGUGGUGCUGGGCAUGUCCCCAAGGCUGGUGGGGAUCCUCACUUGCAUCCCACUGGCUGUUCACGGAGGAUUGCUCUGCGUCACCUACGCUGUGGCUGUGGGCACGGGGAUCUCCUACUUCCAGUAUGCUGACAUCGACUCGGGGAGGAACAUCUUCAUUGUUGGCUUCGCCAUGUUCAUGGCACUGCUAGUGCCACGGUGGCUCAGCGCAGCUCCAGCUCACCUGGCCACAGGUUGGGUUCCCCUGGACCUCUUCUUCCUCUCCCUGCUUAUGAUGCCUGUCUUCUUAACUGAGUUCUUGUCAUUUUUCCUGGAGAACACAGUCUCAGGUACCCUGGAAGAGCGAGGGCUGCUCUCUGACCUGGCACUCUGGAAAGCUGGGGCAGGUGGUCACCACCCCCAUGGAGAGAGUGGUGAGGCCAGCUGGGUGUAUGGGCUCCCUGCUACACUGAGGAAGCUGCUGCCAUCCUCCUGCAAAACCUUCCCCUGCUGCUUCCUCUGCCCAGGGAGUGAGCAGGAGGAGGAGGACGAAGAGGACAGCCGUACCCCCGAGAAGGGGAACACUGCCCCAGAGGAAGGGACACACCUGCUACCCAAACCUGGCUCGGGGGAGCAGCAGCGGUCCAGGAGGCCAAGCGAGACAGAGAUGCCUGGUUGGCACACUGUGGCUUGACCACAUGUGUAGGGACACCUCACAGGGGACUAGGGCUGUGUGCCCAAAAGAGCUGGUGAGCCACUUUGCUCCUCAUUUCCAAUGCCCAAAUAGGCUGGAAGGACCUGUGCUUCCCCACUCCCAGCACAGACCUCAUUUCCAUGCUUGGGAGUGAGCUAUAAAAA